AUGCUAAUUAUAUUAUAUACAUUAAGUUCACUCGCACAUUGCUUUAUUAUUUCUAAUAUUACUAAAACUAUUCCAUUCUACAGGAGUAAUAGUAGGCUGAAUGUUUUCAUCGAUGCUGAUGACAACGAUGAGUUUUUCGAUCACGAUGAAGUAAUUGAGGAGAAACCUCCAAAAUUUAUGAAAAAUAAGCUAAAUCAUGCUCAAAAACUCCAUAUCAGCAGACCAAUAAAUAAGAGUGUUAAAACGAGAUAUAAAUUACAACAAUUCCCCAAGAAACAAGGAGUUACCAAAGAUGGAGCUUAUAAGUUCUGCUCGAAUUUACGGAUUUGCGGUGGAUCAAUUCGAGGGAGGAAGUUAUGUAUUCCUCCAAUAUACGUGCGACCAGCUAUGGCCAAGGUUAAAAUAAGUGUAUUCAACUACUUGAACAGUUUAAGUAUGUUCUCGAUAGAUAAGGAAACUAAUGUGAUUGACUUGUACUGUGGCACUGGCUCCUUGGGAUUAGAAUCGUUAUCUUACGGCGCUUCAAAGUGUACUUUUGUUGACACUUCCUUAAAAUGCCUUAAAGCCGUGAGUUUGAAUUCUGAAAAAUGCAAUUAUGAAGAUAAAUGCCGGCUUAUAAGAUGUGAUUCUAUGGAAUUGAUAAGUAGUCCACACUUGUACAACAUUAACGAAAAGUUUGAUUUAAUGUUUGUAUCCCCUCCUUAUGAAGAAGUGGUUUACUCCGAAAUACUUGAGUAUAUAAGUAACUGUAACAUAUUAAACAAGGAUGCGAUUGUGAUUGUGGAAUACCCUAAGGAACUUCUAGCCCUUGCUCACACUAUUAAUGAUAAGUUAUUUGGUUUAAAGAAUAAAAAAUACGGGAGAACAGUUAUCGCAAUUUACGUAUAUAACCCUUCAAGUAAUAAGCAGCCCCUAAUAGCAAAAGCCGUGGAAGAGUUUUCCACGGAUCCUAAAAAGAAGAAGAGAGUGGCUGUUGAAGAUAAUGUGUUAGUAAUGUAUAAUACAUGA